AUUUUAUUAGACUGUGAUGAAGUAUUCAACUAUUGGGAACCAACACACUAUCUACAGUACGGAACAGCGUUACAGACAUGGGAGUAUGCUCCACAGUAUGCAAUACGGUCUUGGGCAUAUAUAACUUUUCAUGCAAUCAUCACUAUUUCUAUUGAAUAUGCACUUACUACAAACAAGUUGCAGAUAUUUUAUCUAACCCGAUUGGUAUUUGCAUUGGCAUCAGCAUACACGGAAGCUCAACUAUAUGAAACAAUUCGUAAACAUGUUCAUCCUAGAAUAGCGAGAUAUACACUGGUCCUACUCAUGGCUAGUCCUGGGAUGUUUAUUGCAUCCACGGCGUAUCUUCCUUCUACUUUUUCAAUGUAUACUGUCACCUGGGCGUUUGCAUUGUAUCUUGCUCCACCUUCAAGAAAAAAUACUUGGAUCUUGAUGGCGUUGGCAACAACAGGUGCAUUUUGGGGAUGGCCAUUUGCUGGGUUCAUGUUCAUUCCAUUUUGUUUAGCAAUGCUAUUUUCCAAAAAGCGAUCAACUUAUUUACGCUGGAUCGCUGAAGGCGUGCUUAUUGCGGUAUCUACUGCACCUUUACUUGUUCUGGAUCGUUUUUAUUAUCAAAAAUGGGUUUUUGCAUCUCUCAAUAUUGUACUUUACAAUGUAUUCGGAAGCUCUGGUCGCGGUCCAGAUAUUUAUGGCACUGAACCGUGGUAUUUUUAUUUUUUGAAUGGAUUGCUGAACUUUAACUUGGCAUAUGUGGCUGCUCUAGUCUGUGGUCCCCUUUUGCGCAUUCUAGCAGUCACAUCCAAGGGAAGCUUUCAAUUGGUUUUUUUCUAUCUGUGGUUAGCCAUUUUUACAAUCCAGUCACACAAAGAAGAGCGAUUUAUGUUUGUCGUGUUUCCUAUCAUCUGCUUCUAUGCCGCUACUACCCUGUAUUUGUAUCGCGGUAUUUUGGAAAUGCUCUUAAUGAGCCUUGGCAUUAGAAUUGUGAGUAUACAUAUUCCGUGUAGUGGCAUAGUCUUGCAGAUGUGUUCAAUAUUUGUGGUCCUAUCAGCACUUCGGAUAUAUGCUGGAUAUAUACACUAUCAUGCUCCUAUUGAUGUGUACACUAUCUUGUCAUCUACUGCUCCGCCAUUUGGGUUGAAUGCAAACUACACUGUCAAUGUAUGUGUGGGAAAAGAAUGGUAUCGGUUUCCAUCUCAUUAUUUUUUGCAGCCAGGAAUGCGAUUGCGGGUUUUACCCAGCGCGUUCAAGGGAUUGCUUCCCAAAUACUUUAAAUCAGAUAUGAAAUCCACGCAAUGGCUGGAUCGAAUACAAAAACGAUACUUUGCAGAGUUUGUUGACUCCAUGAAUGAUCUGAAUCGCGAAGAGGUUGACCGAUAUUGGUCGGUCGAUCAAUGUGACUAUAUUAUCGAUACAAGUCCACAGCAACAUGAUCAUGAGCAACACUUGGUUUAUGAUCCAAACUCUGUUGAGCCUAUUUAUGCAAUGGACACUGAGACGUGGAAGCGAUUGUACUGCACACCCUUUUUAGAUUCGCAACAUUCUUCACUGCUUGUACGUGUUCUUGGUCUGCCAGGUCAUCGAGUGUGGCUCGACUACUGCUUGUUGGUACGUCGAAAACUGGAAUAA